AAAAGACUGUGUUGAAACUGUCUACACCGCUGUGUGGAUUAUACAGACAUGAGCCCUGAAGUCUUCUUCUCUCGGAUUCUCCUACUUCUGCAUCUUGACAGUUGCAGCAUCUAUUUUUAGGGAACUGUAUGCCACAGAUUUUUUAACUCCUGCUGAGACUCUAGUCUGCGGUCGAGGAGAAUAAAGACAGUGGCGCUGCAAGUGAAUGCCUUCUGUUUGCAGUCUGUGUGCAAAUCUGGUUUUUGAAACAAUGCAUGCCCAUCGUUGCCUUGUCCUCUCGGCGGUGAUCAUCACGUGUUACCUUAUGACGGGACUGUACAAUUGCGUGGCCUGCCAGAAGAAGAAGUCCUGCCAUGUGCAAGACGGUAGAGCUGACUGCAGUCAUCUCAGCCUCAGUGCGGUCCCCCCAAACCUUCCCAGCAACCUCACUAGCUUGGACCUGUCUCACAACAGAUUGCUGGGGAUUCCCCCUGAGUCACUAACCCCAUACCCAGGCCUCCUCCACCUUGAUGUCGGUUUCAACAGUAUCACCAAGCUGGAUGGGGGUUUGUGCCAGACACUACCUCUGCUGCAGACAUUAAAUAUAGAGCACAAUGAAGUGCAUUUUCUCAAGAAGGAGGAUGUGAGCCAUUGCACUAAUCUAACAAGGUUGAAUAUGGCUAGGAAUAGGCUAAAACUACAAGGAGAGCCCUUCUCUGCACUACAGAGCCUGAAGUUUCUUGAUGUUUCCGCAAACAAUUUGCAAUCAGCCAAGCUCAGCUCACAGCCUGUGCUGCCCAGCCUGGUGAACCUCAACUUGGCAUUCAAUAACUUCACCACUCUGAAGAAAGAUGACUUUUCCUUCCUUAACCAUUCAUCUUUUCUACAGACCCUCAACCUAUCAUCUGUGUCUCUAAAAACAUUGGAGCCUGGUUGCUUUAAGCCCAUUUCAGGACUACACACUUUAAUCAUGGAUGAGAGCAAAAUGGGCACUCUGAUUAUUGCUAAACUCUGCUUAGAGCUGUCAGGGACAGCCAUUGAUACCCUGUCUCUUCGGGAAAUGAAGCUGGUCACACUCACAAACAAAACAUUUUCAGGGCUACAAAAAACAUCUCUAACCUACCUGGAUCUGUCCCAUAAUGGCAUGGGCAAAAUUGAACCAGGCUCAUUUCAGUGGCUGCCCAGACUUCAGACUCUAAUUUUGUCGUACAACAACAUCAAGCAUGUGACCAAGGAGACAUUUCAGGGGCUCAAUAGUUUGAAAAAACUCAAAUUGACAAAAGCUCUGGUGAAAAGUCAUACCUCCUCCACCCCGAUUAUUGAUGAUUUCUCCUUCCAGCCAUUAAGUGCCCUUGAGAGUUUGAUAUUACAGAGUACUGCAGUUCAGAAACUCACAGAGCACACAUUUACAGGCUUGACAAGUCUUAAAGAACUUGAUAUGAGUUGGAGUAGUUAUACCUCGCUUAGAAAUAUCAGCAACAAGACCUUAGUCUCACUAGCUGGAUCACCUCUCACAAAGCUAAAUCUGACAGGAACAGCCAUAACAAACAUUAAUCCUGGAGCCUUCUCUGUUUUCAGUAAUCUCACUACUCUUGUUCUAGAUCACAACUUUAUUAAACAAAAUCUCACUGGCAAAGAGUUUGAAGGCCUGAGCCAAGUUCAAGAGAUUCACAUGUCCUAUAAUCGCAUGAUCAAUCUGAGCUCCACGUCGUUUGUUAAUGUUCCCAGUCUUAAGGUUCUGACUUUGGGAAAAAGUCUUGCAGCCAAAGCCUUGAACCCGGAGCUCUCUCCAUUCAGUCGCCUGUCCAACCUCACCAUACUGGAUCUCAGCAACAACAACAUUGGUAACAUCCGAGAAAAUAUGUUGGAGGGGGUUGUGAACCUAAAGGUGCUAAAGCUCCAACACAAUAACUUAGCCCGUUUGUGGAAGAGCGCCAACCUAGGUGGGCCAGUGUUGUUUCUCAAAUGGGUACGGAACCUGAAAACCUUACUGAUGGAUAGUAACGGGCUGGAUGAGAUCCCAGCAGAUGCUCUGAGAGGGCUGAGUGACCUCCGUGAACUAAGCCUGGGCAGCAAUCUCCUCAAUAGUCUUAAGGACUCAAUUUUUGAUGAUCUCAACUCACUGCAGCUUUUAUUUUUACAGAAGAAUCUGAUCACAACUGUGAGACCCGAAGUGUUUAAAACACCUAUGAGCAACCUCAGCCUGCUUCUCAUGGGCAAAAAUCCAUUUGACUGCACAUGUGAGAGCAUCCUGUGGUUCGUGACAUGGUUGAAUAACACAAAUAUGACCAAUGUGCCAGGUCUCAGGGACGAGUAUACGUGCAACACUCCACUAGCUUACUUUAACCGCUCUAUCAUGGAUUUUGACACCCUCUCUUGCAAAGAUAUGACCCCAUUUCGGGCUCUUUACAUACUGAGCAGCAGUACUGUCAUCAUGCUGAUGGUAACUGCACUUCUGGUGCGGUUCCACGGCUGGAGGAUUCAGUUUUAUUGGAACAUAUUGAUCAAUCGCACAUUAGGGCUUAGUGAUGCCGGAGUUGAGGAGGGUAGGGAAUUUGAGUAUGAUGCUUACGUCAUACAUGCAGAGAAAGAUGCCAGCUGGGUGGAGAGAAGGAUAGUCCCCUUGGAGAAUGACAACUGCAGGUUUUGUUUGGAUGAUCGAGAUUCAAUCCCUGGCAUGUCACAGCUUGAAUCCAUUGUGGAUAAUAUGAGAAAGUCUCGGAAAAUCUUGUUUGUCGUCACUGAAACUCUUCUCAGAGAUCCCUGGUGUAGACGAUUUAAAGCCUACCACGCACUUCACCAGGUCAUUGAAGCCAGCAGGGACUCUGUGGUUCUAGUCUUCCUGCAGGAUGUUCACGACUACAAGUUAUCUCGCUCACUCUUCCUCCGCAGGGGCAUGUUGCGUCCAUGCUGCAUCCUGGACUGGCCUGUCCACAAGGAGAGGGUACCGGCCUUUCACCAGAAGCUCCUCAUAGCACUUGGGAUGACUAAUCGAUUGCAGGAGUGAAAGUAUUCCACUGGUAGUAAUGGGAAGUUCUUAUUAUAAUAUUAAUUACCAAUGUUUGUUCAGUUAUUGCUAAUUGCUACCAACUGUCGAUUGUUUUGCCCUCUGUGUAAAUAUUGUGCUUAUCCGACUAUGCACUGUAAACUGUACAAACCUUAUUGUAUUUCCAUUACAUUGCAGCUUUAUAUAAACAGAAAAUCAAACAAAACAA